CCGGCCCCAGUCCCUGCAGUGGCUGUAACAAAACCCAGACCCCCAGGUCCCGGCCAAUGGAGGCGAUUUAGACUGGAGCCGGACCGCGUCUGUCAAAAGCCCGACUCGGCAGCAGCGGCAGAGUCCAGAAGGAGAGCUGGAGCCGCAGCGCUGCUUCCCCGCCCCCGCUGGGAUUUAUUGAGUAUUUGGACUGGACAAUUAAGUGGCCCUGAUGAUGUUACCAAGCCCGGUCACCUCCACCCCUUUUUCAGUCAAAGACAUUUUGAAUCUGGAGCAGCAGCAGCAACAGCACUUCCACGGCGCGCACUUGCAGGCGGACUUGGAGCACCACUUUCACUCGGCGCCGUGCAUGCUGGCCGCCACCGAGGGGACGCAAUUUUCUGACGGAGGAGAGGAAGACGAGGAAGAAGAGGGCGAGAAACUGUCCUAUUUGAACUCACUAGCCACAGCCGACGGCCACGGGGGUUCGGGGCUCUGUCCGCAGAGCUAUGUCCACACAGUCCUGCGAGACUCGUGUAGCGGGCCUAAGGAACAUGAAGAGGAGCCCGAGGUCGUGAGGGACCGGAGCCAAAAAAGCUGCCAGCUGAAGAAGCCUCUGGAGGCGGCCGGAGACUGUAAGGCGGCGGAGGAGAGCGACAGGCCCAAGCCACGCAGCCGCCGGAAGCCCCGGGUCCUCUUCUCGCAAGCCCAGGUCUUCGAGCUGGAACGCAGGUUCAAGCAGCAGCGGUACCUGUCGGCGCCCGAGCGCGAGCACCUCGCCAGCAGCCUGAAGCUCACGUCCACGCAGGUGAAGAUCUGGUUCCAGAAUCGCAGGUACAAGUGCAAGAGGCAGCGGCAGGACAAGUCCCUGGAGCUGGGCGCGCACGCGCCCCCGCCUCCGCCGCGCCGCGUGGCCGUGCCGGUGCUAGUGCGGGACGGCAAACCGUGCGUCACGCCGGGUGCGCAAGCCUACGGCGCGCCCUACAGCGUGGGUGCGGGCGCCUACUCCUACAACAGCUUCCCCGCCUACGGCUAUGGGAACUCGGCCGCCGCUGCCGCCGCCGCUGCUGCCGCCGCCGCCGCCGCCGCGGCCUACAGCGGCAGCUACGGCUGUGCGUACCCGGCGGGCGGCGGCGGCAGCGGCAGCGGGGGCAGCGGGGCUACCGCGGCGGCCGCGGCCAUGCAGCCCGCCUGCAGCGCGGCCGGAGGCGGCCCCUUUGUGAACGUGAGCAACCUGGGCGGCUUCGCCGGCGGUGGCGGCGCGCAGCCCUUGCACCAGGGUGCCGUGGCCGGGGCUGCGUGCGCGCAGGGCACCUUGCAGGGCAUCCGGGCCUGGUAGGGACGCGGCGUCUCACGC